AUGGGUAGACGCUAUAUAUGGUGCAGUGAGCCAUUGAAAAGAAACAACACAAGACUUGCAAAAGUAACGAUACCUGGAACUAUAUGGUACACUUUCGAGAUUGUGGUAGAAGCAUACAACUUCACGUUAGACGCUUUCGGCAAACAAGGCGGAGCUGCGAUCAUCGAUGACAUCACCUAUAAUUCUAGCGCAAUCUACGAAUGCAGAAUGGGUGAGCAGAUUAAGAUUAUAUGGAAUGAUGAUGCUUUGCAAUUAGCUUGA